AUGACGAGCUCUGCCGCUGCCUGGAGUUUGAACGGGACUCACGAAGGGUUGAGACAGACGAUGACCAUGACCAUGAUUGUGGCCGAGGCCGACGCCGACGCCGUGACGGCCGGGACUGAGAUUCAGAAAGGCAAGAUUUGGUGGUGGAUAUGGCUGGGGGUGAGGUGGAAAGUACCCAUGCAAGUUUGUAUUGGGGCUGCCGACGAUGAAUCCGUGUCCUGCGCCUAUGCCUGCACCUGCACCUGCGCCGAUCAAGUUGCCGAAUCCGAAUCCGGGGAUUGGAGCAGUAAAAGCGCCCUGUUGGGGAACAAAUCCAUAGCCAGGAAUGGGAACAGGAACAGGAACAGGAACGUGGGCUUGAGGAGAUGGAACGUUGUAUGCAGGCAACGACGGCAGUGGCAUAGGUCUGUAGGCAUAUGGCGAUCCCAUGUUUGUCAUGCGUGCUGGAGUGGCAUAUCCGACGACGGCAGGGCUAUGAUGAAGGGUUGGUCCACUGACACCUUGUGCUGGACGAGGCGGUGUCGCUGCGCAGCUUGGACUUCCUUGUUCUGCAGCAGCAUUGUUGGCAGCGUCGACCAGUUCUAG